UCCACUGGAAUAAAAAAAGUGUUCAUAUCAAAUUAACCAUUUCUAAAUUUUAAAAGAAUUAUCAUAUUAUGCCUCAAAAUAGUACUAAUUCACUCUCGGAAACAAUUCCUUAAUUGGAAAAAGAUCAGCAUUUUUUUCCAACUAUAAUGAAUAAAAGGACAAAUUUCGAAAGUGUUCCUUAAUUUCUCCCUCUACUGCAGGCUUGUCCAACAUGCGGCCCUCCAACCUGUUUUCUGAGGCCCGAGGUGCUGCAACGGGAAACAAAACUAACUGGCAGACAUCACUGGUAGCAAGGCAAAAUAUCUAUCUACAGAAGCACACCAUGGAGUUUGAAGCACAGGACUGGAAGGGGCCUCCCAAGCCAUUAAGUCCUAUUCCUGCACUGGUAGAAAAAAAUUUGCACAGACAGCCCACAAGGUUCUCUACUCUGACAACAGCCACAAAGUACCAUAUGAAAAAAGCCGUACAAUAUGCCAAAUGUGAAAAGCACACGAGAAAAGGGAAUGCUGCCAAUGCCUCACAAACACCAAUGGCAGGGAGUUUGUUAUGCGUGUAUAUUCUCAGAUUAUUCCAGGAGGACGACUGUAACCCCACACUACAAAAAGAAGUCAGAACUGUCCAUAGUUCUUACCAACCUGAUUUGGGAGAAAAAAUACUUCCUGCCCUAACACAUAAUAAUCAGUUGGACUCUAAGAACAUGGGCAAGACCCUCCAUUCAAGCACCCAAAAUGCUUCACUUGGCCUGCAAAAAGGGCAUGGCAAAAAUUAUGGCAGGGUUGUACUUGUGUUAUUUUUUUUUUGUUUCUUAUUACAUAUUCAAAAAAGAAAAUACUAUCAGGACCUUUCUCCACCCAAAGGGAAAAAAAGUUGGAUUUUUUUCUAUACCGUUUCAUAUUUUUAGAAAUGUCAACAUGCAUUGUUCUCUUCUGUUGGAGAGUUUCUUGAAUUACCCUGAGGUAUUAAUCACAGCCUUUAUAUCCUUAAUCUUUACAGCAGGAGUAUUACAAAAUCUUCUAGAACCUCCUUAUACUUUCCAAAAAGAAGUCACAAAGUUUAUGGGACAAUCCUGACCAACUGAGCCAGUUCAAGUUUUACCACAGAUUUAUAUGGAGCGAAUAUUUCACUCUACAAAGGUAAAACAUGUUUGCUCAGGAAAGUAGGAGCAACAUUGAAACUGAAAAAAUUGGCAUCUCUCACCCAACUGUAUCCUGCCAAAAAACCCCAAACCCACACACAAAAACUUUUCCAUAUGAAAGUCAUUAGAUGUGUUAAUGUUAUGUUGAAUAAAAUAACAAAGGUUCUAACCAAAUCAGUAAACAGCAGCACAUUUUGAAUUAUGUACAUUGAGAAAAGUAGACUAAAACAUACAUUGCCACAAAGCAUUGCAAGAAAGCUGCACCAGUCUAAUAAAAAAAAAACCUAUAGUGAAUUUUGUUUUUUUAAUCACAGGAUAAAAGAAUGUGCGUGCUAAUAAAAUGGUAUUUUUUUCCAUUUAAGAUGGUAUUAAAAAGUACCUAUAA